AUGUCGCUCAAUCAUUCAGAGGAAGCCUGGGAUAAUCCCAAUGCUGGUUUCUGUUCAGACGAUGGCGUACUUUCGAUUGACUUUGCGGAAGUUGAUCCUAUCUUCGACCCCAAUAUAUUCCACAACAACCCCACCAAUUAUCCAGAAAUGCUGGAUUUCAAUACCCUCAGCACAAUCAGAUCAGUUGAAUCUGAGCAGGGCUUCGGGUCGGCUGAUAGCUUCUUCAUCUCGUCGCCCGCCGAGGGCUUCACGGACUUCUUAAACUCACCACUCCCAUUGGGACAUCCGCCACCUACUCACAUUGAGGUUGAAUAUGGGAGUUCUUACAGUACCAUGGAAACGCUAUCUAACAGACUGGACAGCUUACCUGCUAUUAGCACCAGCGGGCUGGAACUAACUUCUGAACAUGGGAGCCUACCUGGGCAGGAAAUGAAUCAUCAGCAAAUUCCGGUUCGAACUUCUAGUAGCCAACGUGGUCUUCCUCGGCGGAGAAGUCGAUACUUCACGCCAAGGACAAAUAAUAACACCGACCAUAUAUACGAAUCGUGUACAAUUGGUUUGAACCCCAUGCAACGUUGGCAGCAUCAGUCGGAAGACGAACCGGCCUCUAUGACGGCCAUUAUGGAUGCCAUGAAGCAGACACCGACAGUCCAUCGAACCGACCAAUCUAGGAGGGGCCGUAACCUCUCCGCUUCCCGGUCUCGUCGGUCAGUUUCUACUACAAGCCGUGAAUCAAGCGCAUCAUCUGCAGCCAGCUCAUCCCAUACCCGCAACUCAUCGCGUGUUCGGAAGCGUCAAUCGCAACCCCGUUCGGCUCAAGAAAAAUCUCGCAACAACAAACCCCGUGUCUUCUGUUGUACCUUUUGCUGUGAUCGCUUUGGAAGUCGAUACGAAUGGGUCAGGCACGAAAAAUCGCUGCAUCUGCAUCUAGAAAGCUGGUAUUGUGCACCAUUUGGGCCCUCAGUUCUGUCGGCUGUCACAGGAAAGCAAACCUGUGCCUUCUGUGAAUUAGACGAACCGACCGAAGAACACCUCUCAGGACAUAGCUACGAGGCUUGUCAGGGUCUUUCCAACGAACUUCGCUCAUUCCAUCGAAAGGACCAUCUGGUACAGCAUAUUCGCCAUGUACACAACGUACAACAAACACCACCCAUUGAUGACUGGAAGAUAGAGGUAAAAGAUGUUAUAUCGAGAUGUGGGUUCUGUGACACAACCUUGAAAAACUGGGAUGAUCGCGUCUCGCAUCUAGCCAAGCAUUUUCAUAAAGGAUCUACGAUGAAGGAUUGGAAGGGAGAUCACGGUUUCGCCCCUAAAAUUGCAGCUCAACUGAAGAAUGCGUACCCACCAUAUCUUCUUGGUUGGGAGUCAGAGUGUAUAGUCCCUUUCUCUGCAACCAGCAAAGACGCACACGAUCAAUAUACGACCCUUUUAUCUGGAGCCAAGAUGGCCGAAGAGAAAGAAACAGAAAAAAGACCGCCAGAAGUUGAAACCAAUGAUCAAACGGAGCCACAGUUGCCAGGGUCCUUAAAUGUGUUUACCCGACACCUCGGUCAAUACGCUCGAACGCAGAUCGGACUCGGCAUUGUACCCACGGAUGAAAUGUUUCAAAAAGAGGCCCGAAAGGCUCUCUUUGAUAGUGAGGAUGCCUGGGAUCAAACCAUUGCAGAUAAUCCAGAGUGGCUCUCUGCGUUUCGGCAACUGCAUGUUACCUCUACUGAACCCCAAUGA